ACUCGAUGCCGGGGCCGGGGUUGUCACCGGGAAUCGGGUCCCCCGGAGGCCCGGAGCGCUGCGGGAGUGACACCGGCAGCCGGAGCCGCCGGGGCCGCGGCCGCCGCUCUGCCCCGGGGCCGGUCGGUGUGUGGGGCCGCGACGGGCCCCGGGCGGGGGGCGGCGGCGCGAUGGCGGCUCCGGGCGCCGAGCGGGAGCUGGCGGAGCGGCUGCGGGAGGCGGCGGCGCUGGGCGAUGCGGAGGAGGUGCGGCGGCUGGUGGAGAUGGGGGUCAGCCUCAACUCCCAGAACGAAGUCAACGGCUGGACUUGUUUGCACUGGGCAUGUAAACGGAACCACGCUGCAGUGGUGGCUUACCUGCUGCAUGCCGGCGCUGACAGGGACAUCCUCACCAAGAAAGGAGAGAGCCCGGCCCAGUUAACCUCGAAGAGAGAGAUACGGGAGCUGCUGGGAGUGAAAGAUGACGACCUCCCAGACUUAAAGACAGAUUCAGAUCUGCCAAUCAUCCCUAACUAUCUGGCUAACCCACCUUUCCCGUAUGUUUAUAACACCACGAGUAGCAGCAUUCCAGAUCCCUCCCUGAAUGGGAGUAUCUCACACUCACAGUCACAAGACACCGACUCUUCAUCCUUAGCCGACGUGGAGCCUUAUGCCCGUGUGCCAUCGCAGCAGGGCCAUGCUGCUGCCCAGCCAUUUGCUGAGGGAGGGGUGUCCUCGAUCUCCAGAGGGCUGCCUGUGCCCCCGUGCUCCAAACCCCUCCUUCAGAGGGGCCCAGUGUACCAGGGAGCUGUGUCGUGGAGCAGAGGUGCCCCUUCGCCAGCUGGAUCAAAUCAGCCCAUACCUCAGCAAGAGAACGGCUCCUGCACAGGGCCUGUGCCAGCCUUUCAGCCCCUUUUCUUCACAGGAGCUUUUCCACUUAAUAUGCAAGAACUGGUGCUUAAAGUUAGAAUACAAAACCCUAAUCUUAAAGAAAAUGACUUCAUUGAAAUUGAACUGGACAGACAAGAACUGACCUAUAAGGAACUGCUCCGAGUGAGUUGCCGUGAGCUGGGUGUUAACCCUGAGCACGUACAGAAGAUCAGGAAAUUACCAAAUACGAUGUUAAGAAAGGACAAAGAUGUUGCAAGGCUACAGGAUUUCCAAGAACUGGAGCUUGUUCUAACAGUAAGCGACAAAAACUUCUUUUUCAGAGUGCCAACACUUUCUGAGCGGAGUGGUUAUAACAAGAAGGCAUCAGAACUUACCUACUAAUUGUUUAAAGACUAAACCAAAAGAUUUGUAUCUCUCAUCUUGAAAUAAUGUUUGAAAUACACUUAUCUAUAAGGGCUAACAAUGUGAAACCUUGAAAUAAGCUGAAGUUGUUAUGCACAGUUACAGCCUCUAGUUAACGUAAGAGCAAGGAGUCUGAUCUGACAGUAGCUUCAUGCACAGGACGUACUGGUAGAACUAUCUGUUCAUGCAACACUUCUCCUUCCAAAAAGAUAAUCUCAGAAUACUGCAGAGUUCGCAGUGCUCAGGGAAAGGCUUACCUUAAACUGUCCUAAUCAUGUUGUUGCUAUCAAACAGCAGAGGUACUCGAGCUAAAGAAGCUGCCACGAAACCCAUCGCCAUUGACAUUCACUUCGUCGAGCGUGUUUUAAGUCGUGUCUUAUUUAGGAGGAAAACAAAACCCAGAAGGGUUUAAAAAUCUGUGGAAGAAGCACAAAAUUACAUCUAAUUGAAAUACUACCAAGUGACUUAUUACCUGUGAUUUCUUAAUCCCUGUUUACACUUUUCCCUAUUUCUCAGGUUGAAAAGAAAAAGUGUUAGUAAUUACCCAGAUCAUAAAUAUGCUCUCAACCAAAAGCCCCUUGUAUUGUUGUCUGUCAAGAUACAGUAUUGACACGUGCAAUGUUGACUUCUGUUUCUGUUACUGUAUUGACAACACAUUUCUCCAAUGCUGCUUUAAUUUCUCCUUUGAAAAGCACAAAAAGUGUCAUUUUGUUUUCCUUUUACCUCUCCGUUCCUGAGGAGGAUCACAUCUUGGACCUUUAAAGCUGCCUGUGUAAAAAGAAAUGAGUGAAGUGCCCUGGGCUUUCUGGGCUGAUGUUAAAUCUCCAUGUUCCUAUGCAAUGUUCUGUCUUUUUUCCCCUCCCAAAUGACUUGUGUUUACCCACUUGUUUACUGAAAGAAAGUAAUCACUUUCCCUGUUCCUUAAAAUGAAAAAUUAGUCUACUUUGCUAUGAAAUUCUGGAAUAAAUACGUUGAACAGUAUUUAAGAGCUGGAUUUUAUCUAUUUAUUUAGGAUUUUAGUGUUUAAUCAGUCAUUUGCAUUUGAGGAAGGGUUCUGUUCUGGCAGCCUGACUGUAAAAGCAUGGACUAUGAAUUAGAUGAACUAAAGUAUGAGCUGUAAGAAGCAAACAGAACAUACUUAAACUGGACUGAAUUUCCCACUGUUUCUUCAUCUUCCUCCUCCCUUCCCCUCAGUUUCUUGGGAAACUACAGCAACCAAAGGAUUUUCUCUUCUUCUUGUCCAAGCAUUUACAGCCCAGGUUAGCAGCAGGAUGGAUGUGGAGCUGUGAGUGGGAUUGAUAUACUGAGCAGGGAGCCACCCAAAAUAGCUGGAGGAGACACAGAGAUGAGAACUGCAUCUGAAACUCAGGCGCUCCCCGGCUUUCUCUAGCCAGGGCUGGGAGUCAGCACAGCCCUGUCUCCUGCCUCGGGGGCUGCCUUCCUCCCGUGCAGAGCAGUCACAUACCAGCUAACACAACAGGAACUGGUACCCAAAUUCACAGCAGCUUUGCAGGAGAGCCGGAGCUCACAAGAGGGAGCUCUCUCCCAAGCUGCCUUGUGCAAGCCCGGUGUCCAGUGUUCACCUGGAGGCACAGAGCCAUGCAAACUCCCACAUUUCCUGUGUGCCAGUUAACGGGGCUGAAGCUCAGGUCUCCUAAAGCUGACAGCAGAACGUUUCCUCACCACGAAACAUCCUCUUCUGAAAAGCAUUGGAAGUCAAACGUGGUCUGAGUCCUUGGCAUUAUCUGGGGUUUACACCAAAUUGCUGCUGGUGUAUUUCUGUAUAAUGGAAUAAUAGAGUUGUUGUUCCUUGUGCUGGCUGUGGCAUUCCCCUGGCACACAGAACAGAAGGGGUUUGGGCAUUGGCUGUCCAAACGCCAGCUGAAUCCAUGAAGGUACCAGGCUCAACCAGUCAGAGCUACCAGAGAAAAGCUCAGCAGUGGAGCUGAUGGCUUCAUCAUUCCACUGAUGAUCCCUCACAGAUGCUGAGCACUAUCUAUGCAUUCAGAGGAAUAUUUUUAUACCUUAUACAGUUUAUAUAGAAGAUACUGUUAAGACUCCUAACCAUCUGAUCAGUGUGUAACCAUUACUUACUGUGGAUGAUAAACCAGUUCAUUACCUUGUGCUCUGCUAGAUGAAAUGUUAAUGUCAAAUGAAUGCUUGGCUGCAGAUCCUUGUUUCUAUUUAACAAGUAUUAUUUGUAACAAUUAAUAAAUGAUUAUUUUUGUCUUCUCAAA